UUCAAAAGUUUCAAAUAUCACUCUGUUGUUAUAUGGUUAGCACUUUUAAGACAAUGUAUCACAUUAACGUUAGAAGUGAAAGCUCAAAUUUGAGGGCGCGUUCUUCAUGCUUCGUAUGAGUUGUCAUGGCAUCUCUAGCACACGGAGGAGAUUUUUGCUGUCUUCCUCUUUGUCAAUCAAGGAAACGCCUGGACUCAAAAAUUAGAUUUCACCGUUUCCCGAGAAGCAGUGAAUUGUAAUUCAGGAAAUGGACUUGGAGUGUGGGACUUUGUCAGUAGAAUCUACUAUGGCAGUCCCAUCUUCUUCUGAGAUAGGCAUCCCAGAGGCUUCCUCAAAAGUAUAUGCAUUUGCAACAGAGUCUGUUGAAGAGUGUGAUGGCCGCCUGCACGUAUUUAUACCCAGAACUAAUUCAGAAAAAGGAUCUUCCAAGGACAGUAUGGCAGUAGAGUCAUUAGAUAACUGGGAAAAUUUUGGUGAUGGCGGUGGUGAUAAUGACCCAUUGGAAAUUACCAGCAUCUCAUCAGAUAUGUCAAAGGAAGUAGCAGAUAGCCAUGAAAAUACAUCCAGAUUGUACUGCUUAUCAGACGUUUCAACUACCGAAGGGAUUGUCAUCAAGCCAGACACAUCUCAACAGCAAGAUAGUGAUGCUCUGGAUAAAUUAGGUGGUGAACUUGCAGCUGAAUUGUUCGAAGUUAAGGAUGAGCCUUUGGGUGACUGGAGAGCUGUUAGUGAUUUUAACGCUCAGGAAGAUUCAGAUCUGCAUAAUGAUAUGUGUUGUAGCCAAGAGAGGGAUGCACAGGGUGAGUCAAAUGGUAAAAUUGCCUCUGAACACAUCACAAUUAAAGAUGAACCAUUAGAAAACUGGGAAGAUGCUGAGGAUAAUAGAUCACUGAAAGCUAAAAAAAAAUCGGAGGACAAGGAGGAUCAAGUUUGUAGUACGAUGGCGGGUCUUACUAGGAAAGCAGUUAUUGACAGAUAUUUUUCCUCAGGAGACACCUUUGAAAAUGUAGUAUCCACAAUGACCAAAGAAUACCAACAAGGUUACAGUAGCAGGAAAGCUAUGAAAAAAGGGCAUGUAGCUGCUUUCAAAUGUGACUUUUGCAGACGAUGGAAAAAGUCAGGCUAUUGUAGAAGCAGGUUUGAAAAGCUUAACAGUGUCUGGCUAGAGAAAGAACUAAAGCUUUACAGUGAAAUUAAUUAUUUAGAGUGUGAUAGGCCUGGUUCUUCAGAUCAAAGGGAAUUUAAUGAUGAGCAGAGUGACAGAACAAAAAGAAGGAAAACUGAAGAAAUCAGAAAGGAUCACACAGCUGAUGCACAUGCCACACAAGUGAAAUUACGUGAGUCGGGGAGACUUCGUGCUAGACACCUCUGCAAAAAAGCAACCUUGAAGUCACCAACAGGACCUAUCAAAAUGUUAGAUCAAAUGCAGUGCAAAGAAGAAACUUUAAAUUUACCUACAGGGCCUGUCAGAAUCUUAUUGUAUGAUAAUUUAAGCAAUUUGCAUAAAAUGCAUUCGCUCUGAAAUGGCUGCCACUUCAGUAUUCAAAAGAUUUUUGUGUAACCUUCGUACUGUAAGCUAAUUGAAUAAAUGUCAAAAUGUACAAAUUUAUUAAUAAUGUUUUUUUUAAUGAA